UUUGAUACGCAUGCAGCUGCCACACGAGCCAUUGUGACGAUGCACGGUCGUCUGGUCGGGAAUCAAUCAUGCAAGUGUUCGUGGGGCAAAGAACCGACUCACUCGAAUCGGCUUCAUUCGAUGAACUCGAACGUUUCCAAAGCCGGAUCCAUGUUAAUACCGACCAGUUUCGGCGACGAGUCAUCGCGAUCAACUCUGCUCUCCGGACCGUUGAAUGUGACACCCACGAUCGCGAGCAGUCUGUCCAAUUUGUCCGUUUUCCCCGGCUGGCCGGCCAAUUUUAGCGCGGCCAGUUCGGUACCUUUUGGGACCAAAUUAGACUGUUUGCCCCAGUUGAAUAUGUAUGGUAAUGUGCUGGAUGGACUGUCCACGGCGAGUGCGAUGGACACUAGUUUGCCUCUUCGAACUCUCACUUCCGAUCCGUACAAAUUGAACACAAUGGAUCUGGCCUCAGAUGUUGCAAAAAAUCAGUAUUGGUCUGCAGGAGCAAAAGAGCUCGAAUCGUGCCUGACCAGUAUGGUCAUGACAGCCAACAAUGCACUUAGUCUACCUCAAACAGAUUCUAGCAAAAUGGAUUUAGUCAAGUCCACGGCCAACGGCACGGGUGCAUCCAAUUUGCCUUUGCAAGAAAAGUAA